AUGCUUCAUCUAAUUGCUGACGACAAUUUGCUGAACGAACACUCUUUUGAUAUCCCCGCCUUCCCUAAGCUUAAAACACUGAGCCUUGAUGUAAACAGGGUUCGAGACGUCCCAACUCUCCUCUACAAUCUGCGCAGGUCUUGUCCCAACCUCACUUCUCUGAGCAUAAUAGGAAAUCCAGGUUGGACUGUUGUCUGCAACAGAUCAAGCCGUCUAAACAAACAAUACAGAAAUGCUGCGCUGGAUAUGCUACCUUUACUACAAUCACUAGACGCGAAAACAACUUUCAAACAACCCGAAAGAUGUGAACUUUAUGAUUCUGAUCCUGUACAUACUCCUCCUAAUAAAAUUGAAGGAAUGGACUGUGCUUUUACCGUACUGGUUACACGAUCAUAUACCUGUGAGAAUCAUAUACCUUUACGAUAG